AUGUCGCAAAACAAGAUGAUGCAAUACACCACGAAAAAUGGAAAAUUGAGAAUUCGCACUAUCCCAAACAGUAAGGAGAAGAGCACCUUGUCCGCGGUACUCAAAGAUGCCGUCAAUGAAUACACCCCCAUUGUAGAAGGAUUCCUCCACGCCAAACUCGUCGGCGAGCGACCAGCUGGAGUUCGAGAAAAAGUUUUGGCUUUCCGCAAAAAGCAGAAAGCAAGACUCAUAGAUGAGACGGAAAAGAAAAGCGGAGUCAUCGUAAGGGAGGACAUCGGCACCGGAGGAUGGAUCCUUGAGAUGACGGGAAGGAUCUAUUUGCAAUCAGAAGCCAAGGAGAGAUCAGAAAUGGAAGGCGAAAAUUGUCACCACCUCUAUAAUGGAAUCAAAUUGGGAGGAGACAAGGAGCAGAUUUGCAUGUCGGUCUGGAGAACGGAGACCGUCGGAAAGUACAUCCGUCGGUCCUGCCAGCCGACAUGCGAGCUCCGUCACCUAUUCGGCUCCGAGCUUCAUUUGAUUGUUGUAGCUCGGAAACCAAUGAAGAGAGGGGACGAGGUGACGCUGGCAUUGGAAUCCGAUUGUGUCGAUUUCAAAGAGCAAUUGAAAUGUAUUCACCACAGAUGGAAUCCGGAAGACUGCCCAUUGGAGAAGCAGAGAUUAUUGAGAAAGGCGCACAAAGAGAGUCCGGCUGCUUACACAACUGUCGUUACCUUAACGGAUUCGGGGGAUGAGAUGGAAAACAUCGAACCGAUCGCUCCUAGGUUGGCCGGAUUUGCAGGAUCGUCAUCAUCCGAUUCUUCUACUCGUCCAUUGGCGGCUCCACAGUCUGGAGCGGUUCUCCAAGGACUUCGUGAAAAUGAGGAAAAACUUCCCGUCGCUCAAGUACCAACGACUUCCCCCAAACUUGUCGAUCCUCCAAUAAUUUGCAUCCACCCUCUCCCCCUCCGUGAUCCAAUUGCCACGUCCCCCCCAGCGCCACGUCUGAAUUUUCCCCUGCCAUCCUUCAACUUCAACCCAUUGCCAUCCACAUCUGCAAAUCACUCAUCACCUCCAAAACUCCGCAACGACUACUCGGAGGGAGCACAAACCAUCCUCCGUCCGCACUUCACCAUCCCACCAGCCCAUCAUCAGGAGAUCAUCUCGAAUAUCAAAAACAAUCCGAGAGUCUCUAAACAACCAUUUUCAUGUAAUCUCUUAUUGAAAGAGAAUGUUGGGAAGGAUGAGUUGCUGUUCGAAAUGACUGGUCAAUUCAAAAAACGGAGUGAAGAGAACGCCGAAAGGAGUAAACGACAUCAUAUCGUAAUCGAUGGAAUGCCCCUCAGUCUGGAGACGUGGCAACAGGACACCCUCGCAAAAAAUAUGAAGAGAUCGUGCCAACCAAAUUGCCGUCUCACAUAUUUUUAUGAAGAGGAGCUCCACAUCUUUGUCACCAGCAAUGAGGCCAUCACAAAGAACAGCAUGGUCACUCUCCCAGUGGAGCCGGACUUCUGGGAGUCGGAUGAGAAAUUCUGCCCCGAACAUGUGUUCCAGAAGAAGAAGUGUUCCGUCGAGGAUCAAUGGAUGCAGAGGAUGACGUCAGUAGCACCAGUUCCGGAGACGCCACUGGAAAAGGCUCCGCUUGAUAAGCCGGAUUCUGAAGAUAGUGAUCAAGCCGAGAUCGAUGAUCCCGUUGAAAAUGAUGAUGCCCCACAGGGAGCCAGAUCGCCAAGAGCAGUGAAUGAUGUUGCCUCCUCAUCAUCUACUGGUUCCACAGUCAUUGCUCCACCAACUAGAAGACGUCUGCGAUUUGCUGGAAAUGGACGAGCAGGAAAUGGACGACUCCAGAAUGUCGAUCCAGAGCCAGCACCAGAACCGAUGGGUGCUCCAGAAGCAGCAGCUCAUGAACCUGAGGAGGCUGCAGCUCCAGUAGCUGCUGUUCCAGCCACUGCCAGUCCUGCAACACUUGCUCCAUCAACUAGAAGACGCCUUCAACCUGCUUCAAACGGUCACCCUGAUAUGAGAAUCGGACAAUCAGCAGCUCUCGAUCUCACGGAGCCAGUGCAAGUUGACGUUCCAGCUACACUUGCUCCACCGACCAGAAUGCUCUAUCGAGUCGCCAAGAAGUCAAGAGGAGUUCCUGUAGCCAGUGUCCAGAACACACGAUCUGGAAACUCUUCUGCUGUCACGUCGCGAAGAACCGAUUGUCGCAGUGAUAGAGAUGCUAGACGUGUAGCAGCUCCACUAGCCGGAAGGAAGAAUAGAAGAGCCCAACGUCUGGAACAAGCAGCGUAUGCACGUAGUUGCAAACGAGAGAAUAAUGAUGCUGGAGCAGCCGCCAAUGUGGAUCCAGCUCCUGCGCCUCCAGCAGCUCCUACGGCUCCAGCAGUCGUCGAUUCCUCGACCACUCGACGGAGACGUGCGAGUCAAGCGUUGUCCCCGGUGGCUCCAGUUUCGACGCGUCGCCGUGCGGCAUCUCCUUUGGCUCCGGCAACUCCUCGCCCUGCUCGUCCAGCUGUUCCGCGACGAUCGGCUCCAGCUCCAUCCGCUCCCCCUGCAGUCCCUGCACCAGUUCCUACUCCAAGAGCAAGAGAAGUCUCUGUGGCCCGACAGGAGCUAAUUGCACUCAUCGGACAAUCAAUGCAUCCCACUCGAGCAGCGGUCAAACAGCUAAGGGACAAAAAUUCAAAUCAAGGUCAUGGCAAGAAAUAA